AUGCCCUCUCGGCCCCCUCCCGUUUCCGCUGUCGCUUUGACGCGCGUUCAGAUCCUCACCCCUCUGAGCAUCCUCAUAUCUGCCGGAACGCUCAUCGUCACUUCCAUCCUCAUCCAUCCUUCCUUGUCCGAAAUCAGCGAAAAGCAUGCCAACUACUUUACACCUUCUUCGGCUUGGCUGUUGGUCUAUUGGGGUGUGCUGUACCUCUUGCAGAUCGGAUUCGCCCUGCUCUGCGUGGUAGGCCAGCAAGCAGAGACGAAGAAACUGAUCGCUAAUGGUGUUGGUGUCAGAUUGGCAAUUUGCAACUUUUUGCUAGCCGUAUGGUCCAUCACUUGGGUGGUCGCCAGUCCAGCCUGCUUCGUAGCGGGCGAGGUGCUGCUAGCCAUCAUCGCACUCAUCUUGCUCAUCACCGCCGCCAUUUUGGAGUUCAUCUACCCUCCCAGCGCAAAGCAUCCUCUCGAUUGGAUCUUUGUUCACGUGCCCAUCAAGAUGCUCCUCAUCUCCAUGCUGCAAGUGGAUGUGGCUCAACAACUCUUCAUGGCGCUCGAGUGGGACGUUUCGCAUGGCAACAAGGCCUUGCAACAUUCCGUCUGGCCCACUUUUGCUACCAUUCUAAGCGUCGGUGCCUUCUCGGCCCUUUGGAUCUUUGCAUUUCAAGACCUCACCUGGGCAGCCUGCGGCAUCGUCCUUAAUCUCGCUCUUCUUGCCUACAAGAUUCCUGAUCAUGAUCGACCCGCCGAAAUGUAAGUUGCGCGUGACCAUCUUGCGCGCGUUUCGAUCCGCUCUCAACGAUCCUACUUUAACCUCCCCCUCCCAUCGUCUUCUCAUCCUGUCCACCAGCGUGGCUGCAACGAUCGCCUCGAUCGUGCUUCAAGGCGUAGCGCUGUUUGGUUCGUAUCUACAAAUCUACAUUCGCAGACAACAAGAAGGUCGCAUUCGUCUGGAGGAGGAGGAAGACCGGCGAAUCCAGAUCGCGGAAGCGGAAGCGGAAGCUGCGGCCGCUCGGGCCAGAGCUGACGCUCUCAGCUCGCACGGAUCUCGAUCUAGACUCGACAGCCAGCACGCGGAUCAGCAAGGGCUAGAGACGGAUUUGGAGUCGAAUGAGCAGGGAUUGAUGAAUGGACACGUCGAGGAUCAUGCUUCGAACGGCACAAAGCAGGACGAUGGGGUCAGCGUGACCAGAACGCUGGGCAGCGCAGCUCUCGAAGAGCGUUGA